AUGGAUUACUUCCACCUUCUUCUGCUGCUGCUGUGGACCUGCAGCUUCCUGCCAGAUCUUCAUCUCUGCUUCAACUUCGACACAAAGAACUUCAAGAUCUUCUCUGGAUCCAAAGAAAACCAGUUUGGUUACACAGUCCAGCAGCACGAGGCAGGAGGACGCCAGUGGUUGCUGGUUGGAGCUCCCUUUGAAUCCACAGGAAAGCAGCAGACUGGUGAUGUGUACAGAUGUCCGCUGGAUACCAGAAACUCUGCAAACUGCACCCGACUCCACCUAGGGAAACUGUCUCUGGACAACGUGUCUGAGAGGAAAGACAAGAUGAGGCUGGGAAUGACCCUGACCUCCAACCCCAAAGACAGCAGCUUUGUGACCUGUGGUCCACUCUGGUCUCAUGAAUGUGGAAGCUCCCUGUACAGCACAGGAAUCUGUUCCAGAGUCAGCCGAAACUUCAGACUGUCCCACACCAUCGCACCCGCCCUGCACAGGUGUGAGACGUUCAUGGACAUCGUGAUCGUUCUGGAUGGUUCUAACUCCAUCUACCCCUGGUACGAGGUCCAGGACUUCCUCAUCAACAUCCUGCACAAGUUCUACAUCGGCCCAGGUCAGACGCAGGUGGGUGUGAUUCAGUACGGGUCCAAAGUGGUCCAUGAGUUCAGUCUGGGUGAGUAUCAGACAGUUGAGGAGGUGGUGGAGGCCGCCAGGAGCAUCGACCAGCGGGGCGGCGAGGAGACGAGGACGGCGCUGGGCAUCAACGUGGCGCGGUCGGAGGCGUUCAAGCGCGGCGGCCGGCCCGGCGCUCAGAAAGUGAUGAUCGUGAUCACAGACGGAGAAUCUCAUGACAGCCCGCAGCUGCUGCAGGCUGUCGGCGACAGCGAGAGAGACAACAUCACCAUGUACGCCAUCGCUGUUCUGGGUUAUUACAACCGACGGGGAAUCAACCCUGAAGCCUUUCUGAAGGAAAUCAAGUUCAUUGCGAGCGACCCGGAUGAGAAGCACUUCUUCAAUGUGACCGACGAGUCAGCACUGAAGGAUAUCGUGGACGCGCUGGGAGAGAGGAUCUUCUCUCUGGAAGGAACCAGCAGUCAGGGUCGAGGGUUUGGUCUGCAGAUGGCUCAGGCUGGCUUCUCCUCACAUUUAGUCAAAGAUGGUAUUCUGCUCGGGGCGGUGGGCGCUUACGACUGGAACGGUGCCGUGCUGAAGGAGACUAAACAUGGAAAAGUCGUACCGCCAAAAUCCUCCUACAGGGACGAGUUUCCAGAGGAGCUGAAGAACCACGGAGCUUAUCUGGGUUACUCGGUGGGUUCACUCAUUUCAUCUCGCGGCUCUCAGCUCUAUGUGGCCGGAGCUCCGAGGUUUAACCACACCGGCAAGGUCAUCGUCUUCACCCUGAAGAAUACCGGAAACCUGACCAUCCUGCAGGCCCUGCUGGGAGAGCAGAUCGGUUCAUAUUUCGGCUGUGAGUUGUUAUCGAUGGACAUAGACAGUGACGGACAGACGGAUGUCCUCCUGGUGGCAGCACCCAUGUUCUACAGCGAGGGCUGGGAGAGAGGGAAGGUCUACAUCUACACUGUUACACCACAGACAUCAUUCAUCCUGCAGGGGGCGCUGGAGGUUUCUGACCGAUCUCAGAACUCCCGGCUGGGUUCGUCGUUGGCCCAGAUACCCGACAUGAACGGGGACGGGUUCAGGGAAUUGGUUGUGGGUGCGCCGCUGGAGGACGACCACCAGGGGGCGGUCUAUGUAUUCUAUGGCAAGGACAAAACCAUCCAGCUCCAGUACAGACAGCGUCUGUCAGCAGCAGCGUUUUCUGCAGGUCUGAAGUAUUUCGGUCAAAGUGUUCACGGCGUUCUGGACGUCAAUGGAGACGGACUCGUCGACCUCGCUGUGGGAGCACUGGGAGCUGCUGUCAUCAUCUGGUCUCGUGGCGUGGUGCGGAUUCAGGCCACGCUGACCUUUGAACCCGAGAAGGUCAACAUUUUUAACAAAGACUGUCGGCGAGGAGGGAAGGAGGUCACCUGCAUGUCUGUUACCGUCUGUCUGAGUCUGGACUCCAGGACAAAGGCCAGGACAAAGACCAGGACGGAUGUCGCUGUGUGGUUCAGUCUGCUGCUGGAUGAGAGGCGUUUUCCUCCUCGAGCUGUUCUGGACGAAUCAGACCGACAGCAGCCCAGGAGUCUGUUUCUGCCAGCUGGAGGUCAGAGCUGCCAACGGCUCAGCUUCUCCAUCCAGGAGACAGCUGAUUAUGGACGUCCCAUCACGGUCGUCCUGGAGACGGGGCUGCAGAGCCCAGACGAGGGGCCGGUGUUGGACCCGGACUGGCCGAGCGUCCUGAGGAGCGAGCUUCCCUUCUGGAACGGCUGUGAGCAGGAAGAAACCUGCGUUCCCGACCUGAUCCUCCACAGUCACACUGACCUCAUGGAUGUUCAGCAGUUCUGCAGCUCGAGGGACCGAGCCGCCUGGUCGCUCUGCAGCCACCAGGGGGCGUCAGAGCGCUCUGUGUACGUGGUGGAGACCGGCCGGAGGAGGAUGUUGGUUUUUGCCCGACUGGAGAACCAGGGAGAGAAUGCUUAUGGAGCCGCCAUCCACAUCUCCACCUCCUCCAACCUCCUCUUCUCCAGCCUCAUAGUCAAGGACCAAUCAGAUCUUCAGAUUGAGUGUUAUGCUGAAGACAGACUAGCCAAUCAGAGGAGCUGUAACAUCAGCGCUCCAUUCAUGAAGUCCUUGUCCCAGGUGUCCUUCCGCCUCGAGUUUGAGUUCAGCCGCUCUGUCCUGCUGGACCACGUACGGGUCGUCAUGGCGACCAGCAGUGAGGGAGAAGAGGGCUACCCGGAUGACAACAUCAACGACAUCUUCAUCCCUCUGAAGUACCAGACGGAGCUCCUCUUCACCAGAGACCCAAACCCUCCUCGUUUUGAAAUCAGGGCAGACAGCUCCUCUUCCUCCUCUUCGUCCUGGGACCGACCAGACGGCAGCUCCUUCAACCUCACUUAUUUUAUCCAGAACCUGGGCAUCUUCUCGGUGCAGGACGUGGUGUUCAGGGCUGACGUCUGGGCCGUGACCCAGCAGAGGAACCAGCUGGUCCACAUCACAGACUACAGCAUCGAGCAGGUCGCCGGGUCUCACUGCACGUUACCUCAGCCCACAACAACCAAUCAGGUUACAGCGGAGGACCUGUCUCACCUGACGCAGCUGAACCACAGUAACAGCGAGGGUCUGCUGGUCCAGUGCAGACUGAACCUGCCGGCCUCCAGAGAGCUGAAGGUGACGCUACGAGGAAGACUUCAUCUUCCCGCUCUGCUCGCCGUGAGCUUCAGGUCGUUGGAGUUACUGACCGCCGCCUCCAUCCAGCUGGAAGAAUCCAGUCCAAUGUUCCUCCAGGAGGACAGACCUCUCAGACAGAUAAUCCUGGAACUGAGGAAGGAGGAGGAUUACACCGUCCCCUUCUGGAUUAUACUGGGAAGCUCACUGGGAGGCCUGCUGCUACUGGCCUUACUGGUCCUGGCCCUGUGGAAGCUCGGCUUCUUCAACAGGCGGAGGAGACAGGAGGAGGAGCAGCCUGUAGCCAAUGGGAAAGCAGCAGAGGAGCUAUAACGUGUGGGCAACAAUGAUGCUGAUUGGUUCGGUCCUCGUCGGCUUGUGACAUUACAGAAUGAGUUGUGCGCCUGUGUGUUGUUGUAGGAUGUGAACUCGGCAGUCAGACGGCGCUGUGAGGCGAUCAGAGUCAGACUGAUGGCUGACAGCAGUCUGAACAGGAACGUGUUCCACUCGCCUUCAGGGAAAACUGAGGGUAACCUGCUUCUAGCUGAGGGUAACUUCCUGGUGUGGAAACUUUACGAGUUGACGAGGAUCACCCGAAUGCAUCACAAGCUUCCACCUGUCACUCAGGGACCCUGAUGCCCCGCCCCCAGCCAAUCAGCCCAUCAGCAAGUCAGCCAAUCAGCCAGUCAGCCACGCUCCUCAUCAUCAGACCAUGUUACAUUAUUUUAAGUCAAAGUACCAACACGAGAAUGUAAAAAUACUCCAAAUCAUUCAAAUACUUAAUACAUAAGUAAAGCAUCUUAAGUAUUAUGAGCUAGUAUCAAAAGUACAGAAAAAGGCUCCUGUGACUGAAAUACUGUCAGUUUCAGACUGAAGGUCGCUUUUUGUGUAUCUACUUUAUACAGUUAUACAGGUACAGGUAGGCUGACACCGUGGUUUCCAACCUGAGGGUCGAGCCCUCUAAAUGGUCACCAGAUAAAUGUGAGGGGCCAUGAGAUAAUUAAUGGAAGAGAAAAGAGGAAUAACUUAAAAGUACUUCAUUACUUUCCACUACUGUGGGUUUAACUGCAGCUUCCUGUUUGCUGAUGAUGAACAAACUGAAUCACAGGAUCAGUUUUCUGUAAAACUCACAUACGAACCGACAAAUCAGCCACCAGCUUCAGCAGCAGAGAGAGGAGAGGUUCUACGAAAUGUUCUCGUCUAUUCCACCAAGAUCCUGUUCCACACUUUGACAAACACCGAACUGAAGUCAGAAACACAAAGAAUCAAAUAAUAAUCACCAAAACAGACGGUGUCUAAGGUUAGAGUGGCCACACUGCACACCUGCAUGAAUAUGACUGGAUGUUACUGGUCUGCUUCGGUUCCUCAUUGGAUGUUUGGACAUCUUGUACGUCUGUAAUCUCUGAUCCUCUGAGGGACUGCAGACACAUUAGCUUCAAGCUAACGGAGGUACAGUCUCAGCUCAGGAGACGAUGACAAAUGAAAGUGAAUGUACCCGACACGAAGCUGCAGUUAAUGUGGAAAAACUGGAAAAAGCUGUUUGACCGCGUGUCACUGAUGACGAUGUCAAAAUGUUUGAGAGUGAAGCUGCUGGAAUCACGACGCUGAAGCUGGUGAGUAAAACUGGUGUUUGAUGAGAAGACGUCUAAAAGUCGCCCAGAACCAGGUUAAAUUAAUAGAAAUAACCAAAUCGAAUGAAGAUCCAGUUCGUUUUAUUCACAGGACAUGAACAGUGAGUCAGGAUGGAGACCAGCUGAGGGAACAUGAAUGAAACAACACAAGACUACCUACCACCGCUGAUCUUACCUUAGUUUCCCUUUUUAUAGUCAUGGAAACUAUGAAUGCAUCCUAUGAACACAUAUUGUAUAUUAUUUCCAAAUUUAUAUCUGAUGCACUUUUGAUGUAUGAGGUCAAACUUGAACUUGAUGUAAAUAUACGCGUGUAUGAAUUCAUGAGGACGGAGGACGUCGUCCCUGUUUAACAUGAAGCUGUUGAGUCUACAGCAAAGAUUGUAUUGAUGUGCUUUCACUAAAGCUUCACAUGGUCACAUGUGUUCAUACUAAUAAAGUCAACAUGUGUUAAUACUAAUA